UGGACUUUGGAGUUUCAGCCCAGUUGGACCGAACAGUGGGACGGAGGAACACGUUCAUCGGGACGCCAUAUUGGAUGGCACCUGAGGUCAUCGCCUGUGACGAGAACCCUGAGGCCACGUACGACUUCAAGAGUGAUUUAUGGUCACUGGGAAUCACAGCAAUAGAGAUGGCUGAAGGAGCACCACCGCUGUGUGACAUGCACCCAAUGAGAGCCCUCUUCCUCAUCCCGCGAAACCCCGCCCCCAGACUCAAGUCAAAGAAGUGGUCUAAGAAGUUCCAGUCGUUCAUAGAGAGCUGUCUGGUGAAGAGCCACGGCCAGAGGCCCAGCACGGAGCAGCUCCUCAAACACCCGUUCAUCAGAGAGAUGCCCAACGAGAGGCAGAUCCGCAUCCAGCUGAAGGACCACAUCGACCGCACCAAGAAGAAGAGAGGAGAGAGGGGUGAGCAUG